CCGAUAUUAUACCUACAUAAUUGAUGGACCCAUCAUCUGCUAUAUACCAACGUAGGAAGACAAAAAUUUGUGAAAUGGAACAUAUAUGGCUGUGCUCGGCCACACCAUGAACUCCAUGUUGUAGAAGGCUAACCCACGAAAACGAAGAUGCUGUGGAGUACAAGAUCGCUUGUGGCACUCGCUGCCAGUUUCACGACAUUUGUACAGUCGUGUCCCGCUUGGACGGUUGGUCAAGAAGUCGAAACAACCAGUGGAAAGGUCAAAGGCAUCGAAUCGCCCUGGCCAGCCAAUUCUAAGGUAUCGGCAUAUCUUGGGAUUCAGUAUGCAGAACAUCCAGAGGGACAGUUGCGGUUCGCGGCUCCAAAACGUUUCUACGGAAAUGGAUCUAUCCCAGGAGACAAAUUUGUCGGUUACUGUUUCCCAUUCAAUCAUCCGAAGCUAACGAGCCAUACCAGCGGGACUUCAGCACUUGCGGCAUAUGGGGAAGGAAUGGGAGGGGGGGCAGACCAUGUCUACAGCGAAAAAUGCCUUAGUGUCAACGUUUGGACAAAACCGCAAACCGGCGAAGCAAAAAAAGCGGUCCUUGUGUGGAUAUACGGAGGAGGGUUUUCCGCUGGGACUUCCAAUGCACCAUUCUAUGAUGGCGGUAAACUAGCCGCGGAAGAGGAUGUUGUAGUCGUGAGCCUGAAUUAUCGCACCAAUCUUUUCGGUUUCCCUGGUGCUCCUGGAAUUCCCGAGCAGAACUUUGGACUUCUCGACCAACGAGUGGCUGUAGAAUGGACACGAGACAACAUCGCUGCGUUUGGCGGAGAUCCUAAUCGUAUCACCCUCUUUGGAGAGUCGGCUGGUGGAUCUUCGGUUGACAUGUAUGCCUAUGCUUGGACGAAAGACCCUAUUGUAUCCGGCUUCAUUGCUCAAUCUGGGACCGCUGGAAUCCUACAAUCGACUGGUAACGUCUCCUCAGCAUGGUACCAGAUCUCGAGAAGUGUUGGAUGCGGAGGGGUUGAAGCCGGAAAUGCAACCGUCGACUGUAUGCGUCAGGUGGACUCCGCAAAACUGAUGGAUGCCCUUGGUAAUAUCUCAACUGGAACCGGUAUUGCUGGCGUAACGUCAUUUGGUCCCAUGCCGGAUGAAAAGGUUGUCUUCAGAAAUUAUACCACCCGAGGACAAGCAGGAAACUUCAUCAAAAAACCACUAAUUGUAGGAAAUACCGAUAAUGAAGGGGGCCUCUUCACAUACAUGGCAUCUGCGGCAGCCGGCACGUCCAAUUCCAGUGGAUCCGGAGGUCUGAGUCUUCCUACACUCCCUGGGGGCUUUAAUCCCAUUGACUUGGUCUUGUCUUGUCCGUCGGGGCCAGCGGCGUUGGUUCGUGUGCAGAACAAGGUUCCAGUUUGGAGGUUUCGGUAUAUGGGAGUCUGGCCGAAUACAGCCCUCUCUCCAGAUACAGGUGCCUAUCAUUCGAGUGACGUGCCGAUGGUCUUUGGAGCAACCGAUCGUAAAAGAGGAGCUUCACCCAAUACACCUGAACAAGAGGCAACCUCAAAAUUCAUCAGGCACGCCUGGGCAACAUUUGCCAAAGACCCUGCAGCGGGUCUUCUCGGGCUCGACUGGCCGACAUAUGAGCCCGCCAAGGAUACAUUGCUCCGGAUUGGAUAUAAUAAUCAAUCUACUUUGAACUUGGCCAAAGGCGACACAUAUGACGCUGGUUGCAACCUGCUUGGUGAUUUGGGUGCUGGUCUCCCUGGAAGGAGACGAAGGCGCGUUUGAACUUGGAACUGAAUUGAAUGAGACAAGGCAAAUGAUGCUUGCAGUUGACAUGAAAGAGCGUCCGUCAAGAACGUUUGAUCAUAUGGCGGAUCCAAUGAUCCAUUUUGGAACAACCUUCAACUUUUGAACGUGACAAUGUGACACAGCGCAAUCGAGAGUAACACAAACAAGGACAAGGCUGAGGGCAAUCGAAUGAAUGAUGGAUCUAUCGCAAGGGUUUGACUCCAAAU